AUGGAUUUUGAAAAGGCGUCUCAAACAAGUUUGAAGAAAUAUUUUGAUAAUAUUGUGAUUAAGGGGUGUAAUUUUCACCUGGGCCAAAUCAUCUAUAGGCAAAUACAAAAACGUGUUGUAACUUUGGCGGUGAUUUUGUAUUAUCUUCUGUAUUAUUGGGAGUAUACUAGGUUCCAUGGGCAGUAUAGAAUUGAGGUCUGGAGAGAAAUACCGGAUUCUCUGGAUUUAUUAGAAUUAGACUUAAAUAUAAAUAAAGUCCUAAUUAUAAGGGGUAGAAUUAAGUCGAGACAUUGGGAGGAAACAAUAUUAUGUGUACAUUUCAAAAAAUAA